AUGGCAACGGUAACAUGGCUCGACAAGCUCCAGGAGCAACUGAAAAUCGACAUCGACUGCAUGGACCCCGCCGAAGCAACCAGAUUCCUCCCCUUCAAGCCCCACGACAUGACCAGCAACCAGGGCAUCGUCUACAAGCAGAUGAUCGCCCCGGAGAACCGCGACCUGUUCCUCAAGACGGUAAAGGAAGGCAAGGACGAAGGCGUGGACGUCAUCAUAGAUCGCAUGAGCGCGCUCCUCUGCGCCAAGAAUCUCCCCAACCUCCAGGGCCGGGUCCUGCUCCAGUGCUCCGCCUUCCACGCCUACGACACCGACAAGGUCGUCGCCCACGCCCGCUCCUACGCCCGCGAGUUCGAGAGGCUGGGCGUGCCCAAGGACCGCAUCUGCAUCAAGAUCCCCGCUACCGGGCCCGCCCUCAACGCGAGCCCCGUCCUGCUCGAGGAGGGCAUCCGGACCCUGGGCACCUCGCUCUUCUCGGUGCCGCAGGCCAUCGCCGCGAGCCAGGCGAGGUGCCUCUCCAUCAGCCCUUACUUCAACUUCAUCUGGUGCCACUUCGACAGGUCGCAGUGGCCCGACGCCGCCGACCCGGCCCUCGAGCACCCCAUGGCCCCGCGCCUGCUCCAGAUCGCCGAGACCUACCGCCGCCUGCGCGCGCAGACGGGCCGGCCGCAGCCCCAGCUCAAGCCCGCCAGCUUCCUGUCCGCCCGCGAGGCCGCGGCCAUGGCCGAGCUCGGCUGCGAGCACGCGACCCUGCCGGAGAACAUCCUUCUCGAGCUGUCGGCGCUGGACGCGCAGGCCAACCCGCCGCCGGGUGGUGGUGGUGCUGCUGCUGCUAACGACGGCCGGCCUUCGCCGCGGCUGGCGCACCUCCUGGCUGUCGACCCGCUGGCUGGCCCGGAGGGGUGGGACGGCAGGCUGGCCGCGACGGACGUCGACUACCUCGCCGACAACGGGGCGGCUCUGGAGAAGGCCAUCGCGGCGGACCCGAUCACCGUCAAGGGCAUCAAGGCGGCGUUGGAGUUCUUCCAGGGCCAGGAGAUGCAGAUGCGGGCUGCGGUCGAGGAGAUAUUGAAGCAGGUUUAA